UCCAUGUCAGCUGGAGAACAGGAACCUUUUCCUUCUUGCCAACUUUGGUAAGAAAUGAGAUCGCCCCUGCAGCGGCUUCUGGGCGGUCCUCCCCCCCCCCCCCCCCCCCCCGCCCCCCAAUCCCAGGCCGUCCCGCCCGCAGUCCUCAUUGGGCUCACUGGGUGGGGGAGGGAGGCGGGGAUCCCGCUAGCUCGCUUCCCCUCUGGGCCCCAUGGGUUUAAAGAACUAGGUGGUCGUCCCAGCAUUCUUGUCUGACCUUUAACCUUGGAGAGGGAGCGCCGUUCUCGUGCACGCGCGGCGACCGUUGGCGGGGGUGGCGGUGUGGCGGCGUUGCUGGGUGAGGACGUGUCUGCGGACCUUCGCCCAAGGGCCGGCUGCGGGCUGCUGGCGAGGGCCGAGGGGGCCGCGGAGAUGACUGGACGGGCGGCAGGGGCGGGCGGGCCGGGAGCCGGGGGAAGCGGGUCCGGGCGUCCCCGGGGCUCCGGGCAGAUUGCAGGUUCCUCCCGAGAAUCAAGGGCCACACCCGCCGCACGGGAGGAAGCCCCCCCCCCCCCCCGCCCCCCACACCUGGAGUGUGGGUUACUGUGGCCUCUGCCCUGUGGCGUGGAUCAAACUCCAGGAGAUGCGCCUUUCGGGGGUGGUUUGCAACUUCAUCUGUAACGUUAUACUCAUGAUGCUCUGUGCAUUUACAAUGUAUUACAUAAUAAAGACGUGGUCGCUUUUAGGGGAAAUGUCUGAAAAACUGAGAAGAUGCAGAAAGGAGCUGACUGCAGCCAUUGACCGAGCCUUUGAAGGUGUCAGUCAUUCCCAGGAGUGCUCAGGCCAGCAGAGGCUGGAGCAGAAUACCGCGCCGCCGCUCUCCUUCCCCCUCCCUGUGCACCGGCUCCUCUGCAGGAGGCACCCGCUGGCAGCCUGCUCCUCCUCCCCUGCUCCUUUUGCUCCAGUCCCUUGUGCUUCUGAGACAGAGAGCCCUGCCUUUGCUCCAAACCAUGCCCCAAUGAAUGCAAAGCCACAUGCUUUAUGCGCGAAAAGAAAACCUCUGACCAGUAAGGAAAACGUAUUGAUGCAUUCCUCCGUUUUGGCACCCGAAAGACAGUUUUGGAGAGCUGCGGGAGAUGGGGAGAACUGGAGAAAAGACAGCCUAAGGAAAGAUAUGGAGAAAGAUUUGAAGGUUGACUCAAACAUGCCACUCAGCAAUUCUAACCAAGAGGUCACAAAGGAUCUGCUUGAUGUGAUCGACCAUGCAAGCAUCCGAGCUAUUGAAGAACUGGCUGGGAAGCUAGAAUUUGAAAAUGCGCUGAGCCGUGUGUGUGGCCGCUGCGGAGGCUCGCUCUUCAGGGAGGAGGCCUGGGCUCUGCUCUCCGAUGAGAGCCCUCAGAAGGCCUCAGAUGCAGAGCCUGGCAGCCUCAAGCAGGCUUUUGAUGAUCACAGUAUCGUCGAGACUGUGCUGGACUUGGAAGAGGACUACAAUUUGAUGACCUCUUUUAAAUACCAAAUUGACUCAUCUUGGCAAACUAAACAAUCACUGAAUUGUUUCCGUGGAAACACCAAACUGUGCUUUGGAUUAGCAGAAUCAAAAUAGAAACAAGGCAACCUCAAGAAUAAAUAGGAGCUUUGGAACCUACUAGUUGCAAACUGCAAAUUCAAGCCACAGCACAAGGCACGUGAGAAGCUGGGCCCAUCCAGCCCUGUAAGAGGUUUUCAGGUCCCCUGGCUGCGUCCCACCAGUGUCCAUGCCGAAGCCACUAGAAACCAGCUCUAUAUGCAGCUCUAUUUGUAGACUUUGUAAGGCAGGAGCUGGUUCACAGAAGCUACUAGGACCUGCGAGAGGGCAGGCAGGGCAGGCUGAGGAAGAAGGGGUAGGAGAAAGGAGAGAGAUGAGCCAAUGGCUGAGUAAAGGUCAGCAGGGAGCAGAGAACCACAGCUGAGGCCUGAGAGCAGAGCAACAAUUAUUUCAAAAGGACAAUUCAAGGGCUGGAAGUGUUGACCCUGCCCUCAGCCUCAUCCAGACUGCCAUGUUCUCCACAUUACUGGGCAUGGCUGUCUAGCCACAUGGGUCUAGAUCAGAGUCUGAAAUCUUGCCAGGUUGAGUUCUGAGAGAACUUCCGGUUAGUAUGCCUCUCCCUCUCUUGAGUUCCAGCCAGCUCAGUCAGGCACUGGGGCCUGCCUUCUCAUUUCCGGGUCUCCAGGUCCCCCUCCCCCUGCCUCCUGCUCCCCUCACUCGGGGAAUAGGGGAGCUGAGCCACCUCCUGGCCCACCUGCCCUGGUUCCUUGGACCCUCCACUUCUAAUCCCAGGAGAAAACGCAAGGGGAUCAGGAGACCAGGUAGAAGGCAACAAAACCUGGGGCCCUGUGUCUCUCACCUGUGUAUCCAGGAAUGUGCUGAUAGGGCAGCAACACCAUCCUCCCACUAGAGAAGUUGUGAGCUGUCAGUGAUCAAAGAAAUUGAGGAAGAGGAUUUGCAAAAGAGGCCUAAUUCAGGCCAAUCUUCCUCUUAUUGAAUGGCUCAGCUGGGGGCUCACCUGGUACCAGGAUGCUACCUCCUCUAACUAAAGCACAGGGCAUUUAAUAUGGCAGUGGCCAGUGAAUAGCACAUGCGAACCAGGGAGGCCACUGCACCUGACUGUAGAUAACAAUUGACAAAACUUUCAUCCCAAGACUAUCUGAAGCUCUGGCAAUUUGCUUUCUCCCUGGAGUAUGUGGGAGAAUGUUAAUAUUUUAUGUUCCGUUAAAAUAUUUAUAGAGUGGACAAAGUUUUACUUAGGAAAUCUACCUGACAAUGGAUCCUAGCCCUAUUGGGGAAGGACUUUCUGUGCUUGGCCAACUGGAGGAUGCCUGAUUUGAUGAAGAGUUUUGGCCUAAGGCCUAGCAUGAAAAUUUUUUCUAAAUUGCUCAUCCAUUGUAGGAAGCAACUGUUUGGAAGGCAGAAAGCCUGUUGUUUUCUGGGCAUUUCGGGUGGAGAGAGGUUGCUGGUAACUGGCCUGGGAGAGAAGAGAGCAUAUUGCAGGAGACCCCUCAUCAGGAGACCUCUGGAGCUUCUGAGACAAAACACACAAAAAAAGGGAAGUUGCAAAGGAAUGCUAGAGAGACCUGACUUUGGGACAGGCUGCAAAGAGCUCUUCAAAUGUUAAGCAAGCAAUCCCUGCCCUCACUAUUUGUCAAGUGUCUACUAAGGUCAGACACUCUCCUGGAUGCUGAAGAUAUAACUGGGAUGAGGCAGAUGCCGAUCUUGCUUCUGGGAUUUCUGUUCCGCCCACCAAGGCAGGCAAAUCAAGUAUGCACAUCAAUAUGCCAUUUCAGAUGGAGCUGUAGGAGAAAAUUAAAACAGGGUAAGGGAAUGGGCAGUGAGUAGGGUGAGCUCCUACAGAAGAGGUCAGGAAAAGGUCUGUCUGUAGGUGACAUUAUUUUUUUUUUUUAAGUUUAUUUAUUUUGAGAGAGAAUCCCAAGCAGGCUCUGCACUGAUGUGGGGUUCAAACUCACAA